GCAGCGGCCAUCUUUGAUUCGCUCGGCGACGUGGUUCCGGAAGAAGUUCCUUUCGUUACAGGGUUUCCGGCUUCAAGAUGGUCGCCUAAACUGUUGAGACUUUUGCCGCUGUUCUCCGUCUCUCUCCGUUUUUUUUUGUUUUUUUUUUUAACCUGGACGUGACGCAUUAAAGGACCCGACGGAAAUAGAACUGAAGGAGUUCUAAAAUGGCGAACCGUACGGUGAAGGAUGCGCACAGCAUCCACGGCACCAACCCUCAGUACCUGGUGGAGAAGAUCAUUCGGACACGAAUCUAUGAGUCCAAGUACUGGAAAGAGGAGUGCUUUGGCCUUACGGCUGAACUUGUAGUUGAUAAAGCCAUGGAGUUAAGGUUUGUGGGUGGCGUCUAUGGUGGCAACAUAAAACCAACUCCCUUUCUGUGUUUAACCUUGAAGAUGCUUCAAAUUCAGCCUGAGAAAGAUAUCAUUGUGGAGUUUAUCAAAAAUGAAGAUUUCAAGUAUGUCCGUAUGUUGGGGGCACUUUACAUGAGGCUGACAGGCACUGCAAUUGAUUGCUACAAGUACUUGGAGCCAUUGUAUAAUGACUAUCGAAAAAUCAAGAGCCAGAACCGAAAUGGAGAGUUUGAACUGAUGCAUGUAGAUGAGUUUAUUGAUGAACUACUGCACAGUGAGAGAGUCUGUGAUAUCAUUCUGCCUCGACUACAGAAACGCUAUGUGCUAGAGGAAGCUGAGCAACUGGAGCCUCGAGUUAGUGCUCUAGAAGAAGACAUGGAUGAUGUGGAGUCCAGUGAAGAGGAAGAAGAAGAAGAUGAGAAGUUGGAGAGAGUACCAUCACCUGAUCACCGCCGGAGAAGCUACAGAGACUUGGACAAGCCCCGUCGCUCUCCCACGCUGCGCUACAGGAGAAGUAGGAGCAGGUCUCCCAGAAGGCGGAGUCGAUCUCCCAAAAGGAGAAGCCCCUCCCCACGCCGAGAAAGGCAUCGGAGCAAGAGUCCAAGACGACACCGCAGCAGGUCCCGAGAUCGACGGCACAGAUCCCGCUCCAAGUCCCCAGGUCAUCACCGUAGUCACAGACACAGGAGCCACUCAAAGUCUCCUGAAAGGUCUAAGAAAAGCCAUAAGAAGAGCCGGAGAGGGAAUGAGUAAUGGACUCAGUUUGCUUUAAGUCCAAAAUGGCCUCCUGUGGAUAUGAGAGUAUCUAUGUGAAAGGAUUAAGAUCUCCACCCUAGGCAGCUGUAAGAAUAUUUUAGUUUUUUCUUAUCAGGUUUCUCCACUUUUUUUUUUUUUUUUUUUUUUAACAAAAGAGGUGCUAAGUUUUGUAUCUCUUUUUGAAUCUUAACAUCUUUGAAGGAUGAUGUUCCUAAGGUCAGUUAGAGGGAAGAUAAUGUUUCCUAAGGAUUCCCUUUUUGUUAUUAAAUCUGACACACCCAUUUCCCAUUUUUCUGUAGUUUACUUUUUGGUUGUUCUGUGAUUGGAACUGCUUUUAGGAUCCUGGGAUUUGUGCUGCUGUUAUUAUUCAAAUAUCAAAUCAGUAAAACAUCAUAGCUCCUAACUUUUUUGCAGCAGUGGCAAGUGGUAAUAAACAUGAAAACUGGUUAGUAGCAGUUUUGCAAGAACAGAAUGCAUUCAAAUGAAAGGCUGCUUCUGGAUCAUUUAAUCCAAUUUCACUGAAUAGUUCAACAGAUGGCAGCACUUUAACACCCUUUAUACAGUACAUUCUUACAGAGUGCCAUUUGUUCUUCCCACAAGCUUUUAAACCCAGGUUAAGGUGCUCAGCCCUUAUCAAACAUUGACAAUAUCCAAGCCUAAUCAGUAGCAAUAAGGACAUGAGGAUUGAAAAAGAUUUGAUGGAGAGAAAAGUGUCUAAUACUACUCAUGGUUUUGACCUGAAUUGCUGGACACUAAUGCCAUUCACAAAGCCAGAAAAUACAGCAGGGGCCAGGUGCGGUGACUCACACCUGUAAUCCCAGCACCUUGGGAGGCU